AUGUACGGCUUUGGAACCUCCGCUGUGCGAUCUGGCCUUCCUCGUGAUGCUACCACCGGUGCUUUAGUCGAGACGAUAUCCCUAUCCACCAUCUUCGCCCAACAACAUCCUGCAUCUCCCGUUGGGAGCUACGUCUACUCCCGCUCGGCCAAUCCCAAUCGCGAAAGCUUUGAGAAAGCCAUUGCCGAUCUGGAGUCAGCCAGGUAUGCCCUCGCCUUCUCGUCCGGAAUGGCCGCAACAGAUGCAGUCGUGCUAGGGCUGGCUGCACACUCGCACACUGUCUCCAUGUCGAGUCUCUACGGCGGCACCCAUCGAUACCUGACACAAGUAGCGCCAUUGAUGGGCGUGAUGGUGUCUUUUGCGAGUAAUAUCGAAACCGAACUGGAGGCUUUGAUAAACGAGAAGACAAAACUGGUUGUGAUCGAGUCGCCGAGUAACCCGAUGGUCGAUAUCCAGGCUGUGGCGGAUAUAGCACACAAACUCGGUGCUCUUAACCCUACAUCUGCGCGCCCUUGCUACAUCGCGAAAUGCAUCAACUCUCGCCCGAACCCUCGAGGCAUCGCCCGCCCAAUCGCCGUCAAACAGCACCGCAAUGAACAUGGCGGGUCGAGGUUGUUUACUUUGGCGGAGAGCUUGGGUGGAGUUGAGAGUUUGUGUAAGAUUCCGGCGGUUAUGACGCACAAGCGGAUGCCGAGAGAGGUGCGUGAGGAGGGAGGGAUCUAUAUUGAUUUGAUUCGAUUGAGUGGGGGAAUUGAGGAUGUGAAGGACUUGAAGGAUGACUUGGCGAGGGCGUUGGAGAUGGCUGUGUCUGGGUAG